UCACUUAACUCUUUAAAUCUGCUCGUACCAUUAUUUUGGGAUUCAACUUUUAUGAAAAUAUUUUGGAAUUUGUAUAAACUGUGAUUCUGUGAAUAAUUGUGCCUGUUUUAUCAUUUGGGACGCAUUCUUAUACUGCUUAGGUUCUCAGUGGUUCUUAAGACAUUCUAUUUUUCUGUUAUGUGGCUCUUUUGUAGUCUUGUACCACUCAUUCUACGUUACGCCCUUAUGGGGUUGCUUUGUAUUCUGGCCUUUGAUCACAAGUUAUUAUAGGUUUUUUACUUUAAGAGUUUCAACACCAUUUCUGUACUUUAUAGUAAUUGCCGAAGAUAUCUUUGGAAAUGAUAUAUUAAAUAUUUUUGUUAUAAGUGGGUACUCCGUUAAUCUAAUUCUGUUUUAGUUUUUGUUAUGGUUGUUGCCUUGUUGGUUCUGGAUGACCAGGGUUAGUUGACCUGUGGCCUUGGUUGGUCCCAUGAAAGGAACCCUAUAAUGUUUGUCGUUCAGAUUUGGUGCAUAUGAAGCGAUCGAUGGACCCAUCAUGCUCAUCAAAAUUCUGUACUAGUAUUUUCCUAGGGAUCUACCACGCCCAAAAUUUCAACAUAGCUGGAUAAUUAUUGAAGCUACCCUGUGUAGCACAUACUUGCAGUGGGUCUGCUUUUAUUGGCUCAAUUGCCAGGUGCUGGAUUCUUGUUGGGCCGUCCAUAGACCAGAGCAUGGGAACAAAUCUGAAUUUGUUUUGCAGAUUGUAUGAAGGGUAGAGGGUGUCAGUCAUAUUUACAACUGCUUAAAUCUCACAGGCUAAAGGGAACUUUGGGAUCCAGAGAACCUUCUGAAUUAUUCUCUCCACCCAAAAAGAUAAAAUAUCAGUAGAGACUAGAGAGUAGUUUUAGGAUGCAAAACACUAUGGUGGCUCAUGGGUUUGUUUGGAUGGUUGCUUUGGCAGCUUUGGUGGGAGUUUAAAGAAGCAUGAAAUGACUUGGUGCAGCUUGGAUUAGUCCUUGGUUGGUGUGGCUCAACUUGUUCUUUUACUGUUUCCAAGCUUACUUGGCCCGCGUUCGCUGUCACUUAGAUAAAGAAAUGGCACAACCUUUGUCUCCUUAGAUUCUGUUUUAAUCUCCAUUAUCAUCCCGAAUCUCUUCUAUUGUCCAUGUCCAUGUCCAUGUCCAUCUACUGCUCUUGAUUCAGUUUCUCUCUCCAUAAGGUCUCUCAAGUUCUUGUUUUCUUGAUAACGGGUUGGUGGGGCUGCUCAACUUCUUUUUGUCAGCAUUUUCUGGCUAACUAGCCCCACAAGGCUGACAAAAAGGGGGACAGGACCCAAACAAUACAUUUUUAGUCACUGACUUGAGUACUAUAUAGAAGCAAACACAAUCAAACUCGUGCAAUCCCAUUUCUUCACCACUUUCUCUGCUUAAGUACCCAAGCCUUUCUAUAAAAGAUUUGCAUCUCUUUUUGUUUCUUAUUUCAAUUUCCCAGAUGAAGACAAUCAUGGCUAAGACCCCGCAUGACUCUUCUUUCUCUUUCUCUAGUAGAUACUUCAACUGGAGGAAGAAAGUUGAGGAUGAAGAUGAGAUGGAAGAGAACUUGACUUUCAGCUCCUCUUCACAUUUCUCUUAUGAGGAUGACAGAGCAGAUGAGUUUAGUAUUCCAAUGGCCACUAACAUUCCUUCAGUACCAGCACCAAAGAAAAAACACCAACUCCUGACAGUUUCUAAGCUCCGAUGGGCUCUUAAUAUCUUCAGCAGGAGCCGAUCAGCCAGUCGAUCCAGUGUAGGCACUCGAAUGAUUGGCACCCUUUUCGGGUAUCGACGAGGUCAUGUCCAUCUUGCUUUUCAAGAGAAUCCAAGGCUACCUCCAGCAUUCUUGAUUGAAAUUGCAACACCAACUAGUGUACUUGUUAGAGAAAUGGCCUCUGGGUUGGUGAGAAUCGCAUUGGAGUGCGAAAAGAAGUUGGAAAAGAAAGGAUUGAAGCUGCUGGAGGAGCCAAUCUGGAGGACUUACUGCAAUGGCAAGAAAUGUGGGUACGCGACCAGGCGCGAAUGCGGGGCUACAGAGUGGAAGGUGUUGAAAGCAGUGGAGCCAAUUUCAAUGGGUGCCGGUGUUAUACCAGGAAAAGAAGGGGAUGGAGUAGGGUGUGAAGGGGAGGUCAUGUACAUGAGAGCCAGGUUUGAGAGAGUUGUUGGUUCUAAAGAUUCAGAGGCCUUUUACAUGAUGAAUCCUGAUGGGUCUGGAGGUCCUGAACUUAGUGUUUAUUUGCUUAGAGUUUAAAGCUUAUGCUUUUCAUUAAUGUUUUUGGUGUUACUUUUUUUUAGCAAAUGAAUGGACUUAAGGGUCUAAUUUCUCCCCUGUUUUUGAGUAAUCAAGUUCCUUCA